AUGAUGAAAAUACGAAUUAUUCGAUGUUUUUCAACACGAGUAAUUGUUGACAAAUGGUUCAAAGCAUUACAAUCUCCAACUCAUAAUGAGCAACAAUCGGAAUUAGGUCAAUGUAUUGAAUAUACUUUACAACAAGAUCCAACAAUUCAUUAUAAUCUUAUCAAAGAUAUUAUUCAUCGUUGGACUAUUGAACAACCUAAAACAAAUGCUCUAUGGACAAAUCAAAUAAAUAAUAACGAAUCUCAAAAAUUAACAUUUAAUGAUAUAAAUACACAGUCAUCACAUUUUGCAAGUAUUCUUACUGGAAAUGAAUUUAAUUUAACACCGGGAAAAAGUGUACUUGUUUAUUUACCAUAUUCUUCAAAAGAACGAAUUUUAAUUGAAUUAGCUUGUCUACAAAGUGAUUUAGUAUUUUGUUCGUAUGACUUAAAAUAUUUAUCUGAAAAUGAUAUUCGUCAACAAAUUCGAACAUUAGCUGUUGAUUGUAUUAUUACAAAUGUCGAUCAUUUAGAUAUGAUUAUGCAUUGUACAUAUAAUUCAUUAAGACCAUUAAAAAAGGGUCUUAUUAAUCAUAGUUCAAUAUCGAAACCAUUACCAAUUGGUUGGCAUUCUUUAAUGCAUAAUAUCAAUAAUAAUGAUUUAAGAAUAGGUUCUAUUCAAUCUCCAAAAGGAUGUUUACGUCAUUUAACAAAUGAUAGACCAAUAGAUCAAUAUUCUCAAUCAAGAUUUGCUAUUAUGCAGCUAUUAACAGCUUAUUGGCUCAAUAUGAACAAAUCACCUAGUUUAAUAUGGAUAAAAAAUACUCAUAAUAAAAUUUCUCUUGCUCCAUGGUUACUUGGAUCAACAAUAUUUCAUAAAGAAACUGAUAAUAUUGAAACAAUAUUGAAAACAUUUGAAAAUUGUCCUAUUGAUACUUUUUGUGCAUCACAAAGUAAUUAUCAACUGCUUGAUAAACAACAACAAUUGCAGAAUAACAUUCAACUUAAACAAUUAUUCUCUGUUGAACCAAUUAUUGAUCCUAUAAUAAAAACUCGAUGGCAUUCAUUAACAAAUCUUCAUAUUCAAGAUGAUUUUCCUGAUAGCAAUAAUAAAUCUGAUACGAAAUCUUAUCUAACUUCUUUCAAAUAUAAUCAACUUGAAAAUACUCAUGAAACCAACCAACAUAGAACAUAG